AUGACAGCAUCCUCCUAUGGAGACUUCGCCUUCGCUUGCGUUGCAUCAUUCGAUAUGGCAUGUCCGUCAGUCAAGCGGAAGACAGUGUCGUUUGGGAAUACUGAGACCCGCGUGAUAGAGUCUUCUUUCCCGGAGCCAAACUUCGGUCCCGUCAAUCGCGAGAGGAAUUUGAACUAUUCGUGGCCGGAAGAUAUCCGUGGUCUGAAUAGUGCUCGCGAGAGGCGAAGGGCGCACAUGAAGGCUGUGCUUUGGAGAGAGCAGGUUUUGCUCGAUGACGUUGAUGCCAAAACGCUAGGUAAUGAUGCUUGUGUUCUUGAGCUCACGCUUUCUCAGCGGAGCGCUUGCGAGGUCUUUGCUGCUGCUGUCAAGUCUAUUAAGAGGGUCCGGAGACUAAUGCUCGACUCCGGUUGCGGUAUAGACCUUAUUGGUCUCGGUGAUCUGUCCCGCGAAGAAAGGGACCUGAUAGUUCACAAUGCUAAGAUCAGCCUUAGGACCGCCAAUGGGAAAACUAACACCAAAGGUGUUGCCCAUAUGCGCAUUGACGGCCUCGAUGAGCUGAUUGAAGCUUAUGUGCUGGAGAGCACACCAAGUCUUCUUUCCCUAGGGAAACGAUGCAAGGAGCUUGGUUACCGAUUUAUCUGGGAACCCUUUUGUGAUCCGAUAUUCUUUGAUCCCAAAGGGAGACAACUCAAGAUUGAUGUUAUCAAUAACAUCCCCUACCUCGCUCCGAGCGAAACCGAGGUAGUCGCGGGUCGACCUGAUCUCCCUCGUGUGUAUCCGGCACUCCCAGCACCGAUCAUUAUUCACGAGAAAAUCGUGGCUGCGGGUGAAGAACCUGUGGGCGAGCUAGACGACAUUGGUGAGCUCGAUCUUGAUAUGCCUGGUGCCAAGAGUGCCCAGAAAAGUGCACCUGACGACAUCAAGAAG